UUUGAUGGGAGAAGAAAAGACAAGGGCAAGGCCCCUAUGACAGCAGAGAUGGAACAAAAUGGACAGUCGAGUAAAGGGCAGGGAAGAAAAGCGCCACGCGGACCUGGUAUCUAUAUAAAUGACCCAUCUGAACUCCAGGGAGACAGGCAUACUCAUCCAACCCAAUUUCAUAAGACACGACCCCGAAGAGGAGCAUCUAAGGGGGGCUCAAGUGAUGCUGGAUGCUCAAGGAUUGUUUAAAUCUUCAAUUUUUGUCUAUGCAAAGUGUUGUCUAUGUUGUAUUUUGUGUGAAACUUCGAUGUAGUGUUGUGUGAAGGCCUUUUUGUGCCACUGUGAGUGUAUUUGAUAGACUUGGAAAGCUUGUUUCCAAAUUAGAGUAUUUCAGGGGGUGCAAGUGAUGUUAGACGCUGAAAGAUGUUGUAAGUCUUAAACUUCUCUCUGUGCAAAUUGUUGUCUAUGUUGUAUUUUGUGUGAAACUUUGAUGUAGUGCCGUGCGAAGGUCAAGGUGACUUUCUUGUCUAGCCAAAGACCUUUUUGUGCCACUAGGAGUGUAUUUCCUGAAAUACACUCCUGAACUCUUGAAUAAGGGUUAGAGUACUCUUGUUCUUCUUGAAAUAAAUAUUCCUUUUGUCU